GGCAAUGGCAAUGGCGUUUCAUGAUAUUGGCGGGAAAGCGCACGAGAAAGUAAUUCUCGAUUCCGUUGCAGAAGUGGUUAGAUCGUUGACUGAUGCAAAUCUUCUGUCAACGGUUAUAGACUCGUGUCAAAGGAAGCCCCAUUUGGUUCUCGUUUCUGCAACAACAUGGGUAUUUUAGGUUUAUCUAAAUUGAUCGCAGAUAUCGCACCAUUUGCUGUUAAGGAACGAGAGAUGAAACAUUAUUUUGGUCGUAAGAUAGCCAUUGAUGCAUCUAUGUGUCUUUAUCAGUUCCUUAUUGCGGUACGUAGCGAUGGGGCUCAGCUUACCUCUACUGAUGGUGAAACCACAAGUCAUUUGAUGGGUACGUUCUAUAGGACAUUACGGUUUGUAGAACAGGGAAUAAAGCCUGUCUAUGUGUUUGAUGGUAAGCCACCAGACUUGAAAGGUGGGGAGUUAGCAAAACGUGCUGAAAAAAGGGAUGAAGCGCAGAAAGCUUUACAAGUUGCAGAGGAAGCUGGAAACGCUGAGGAUGUUGAAAAAUUCAACAGACGACUAGUUAAAGUUACAACACAACAUGCAACAGAAGCUAAACAACUGCUGACUCUAAUGGGUAUUCCAUAUAUAGAUGCUCCUUGUGAAGCAGAAGCUCAAUGUGCUGCUAUGGUAAAAGCCGGAAAAGUGUUUGGUACUGCAACAGAGGAUAUGGAUGCUCUGACAUUUGGUUGCAGCGUUCUGCUUCGUCACAUGACAUUCAGCGAGGCAAGAAAAAUGCCAAUUCAAGAGUUUCAUUUUGAUAAAGUACUUGAAGGACUGGAGCUGAAUAAAGACGAGUUUAUUGAUCUUUGUAUCAUGUUGGGCUGUGAUUAUACUCAUAGUAUUCGAGGAGUGGGUCCAAAGCGUGCUAUAGAACUAAUAAAGAAACAUAGAUCGCUUGAAAAAAUUUUGGAAAACUUGGAUACAAAAAAAUAUCCCAUACCAGAGGACUGGAAUUAUAAACAAGCCCGAGCCUUAUUUCAAAGUCCUGACGUUAUAAAUCCCAAUGAAAUUGAGUUGAAGUGGUCAGAUCCAGAUGAAGAAGGCUUGGUGAAGUAUCUGUGCGGUGAUAAACAAUUUAAUGAAGAUAGGGUCCGAAGUGGCGCACAAAAGUUGAAAAAAGCUCGAGGUACUUCAACACAAGGACGUCUUGACUCAUUCUUCAAAGUUUUGCCGAGCACAACUCCCGUUAAGCGUAAGGCAGAAGAGAAGAAACCACCGGCAAAAAAAGGUAAAGCUGCCAGAGGAGGAGGUAACUUCCGAGGAAAGGCCAAGUGAGCUGGAUUAUCACCACAGAUCAGAUCUAAUGCGAUCUCAAUUCAGGCAAGUGUAGAUUGUUCAAUCAUGGUGUUGUUUCAGUGAAAGCUAAAAACUUGUACAAUGAGCUAUUGUGAAGUUUGACAUUUGAUCGAACAAAAUAUUAACUGUAUAUUAACGUGUAUCACGUGAAUCUUAGUUGUUGUUUCGUCACAUGUGAAUUACUGUUCUUUGCACAUAAUCAAUGAUCGUUGUUUCAUUUCAUGUACAUUCUCUGAAUUUCAAAUGUGAAGUCUCGUAUGGGACCAAAUUCAUUAUUUUAGUUUUAUUAUUCAAACAAAGAAUUCAUUGAAAUUGUUAGCAAACAUGUAUAUUUAUUGAAUACGCGCUUCAUGAUUUGAUAGCACCAAAUUGAAGGUAACUGACACAUUUUAAUCGUGACGGCAAUUGAUGAUUAGUUUGUAAACUUUCCUUUCUACCUAUGUAUUUACGCAGUAUACUUACAAAUACAUUUAUAAUAAACCUCCAUUAAACAUUUAUAAACUUAACACUAUUCCUUCUCGUCAUUUUCGUACUCUGCUCUUGAGCAGAUAUUUCGAGAUCGAAUAUUACUUUUAUAAUAUUAGUUAUUGUUCCUGAGAAAUAUUACCGACUUUAAGACGUUUAUUUUGAUUUUAUUAGACGGAUAGCUAUCACUUGCAGUCUAUUGCAUCGAAUCAUAACGGAUGAAUAAUUGUAAAAAUCGUUAGCAUCAGAGUGAAAUAUGAAAAAAAAAACAUGGAAAUACAUAU